UUGCUUGCUUUGAACAGCCAAUCAACGCGCGAGACAUUUGGGUACACUUCGGUGGUUGCUGGGCUGGUAAAUAAUGGGUUGACCAGCGGCUUGACUCCCUUGAGUCGCGCCAGAUGCUUGCAGGCUACUGCCGCAGCGGCGUAUCUUAUAAAGGGCACACUGGCCGUCUUCAUUGGGACCGAUGUCGCAAAGAAUCUGGCCGAGUCGAAGAGAUCCAGCCUAGACAUACGUAAGAGGCCAUCAGACAGAAUCAACCGCCGGUCAGGAGACUUACCACGGCGCUAUGAACUCGGAAAAAUGCCGGAGAAGGAACGCCAUCUCGCGCUCGCUGUUCACCAUCAACUCUGA